UCCUCCCCGCCGCCGGGCCGGGCCGGGCAAGGAGGGCGCUCGGUGCGGGCGCUCGGCGCCUCUCUCGCCAUGCGGGUGCUGCUGUUCCCGGCGCUGCUUCUCCCAGCGCUGGCCGCCGCGCGCGGAGCCGCCACGGCACUGGGUGAGACAGACCAGGUCCGGAUGACCUCAGAGGGAUCUGACUGCCGCUGUAAGUGCAUCCUGCGGCCACUCAGCAAGGAUGCCUGCAGCCGCGUCAGGAAUGGCAGCAUGAGAGUGGAGGACUUCUACACGGUGGAGACAGUGAGCUCGGGCUCUGACUGCAAGUGCUCCUGCACUGCACCCCCUUCCUCACUCAAUCCCUGCGAGAAUGAGUGGAAGAUGGAGAAGCUGAAGAAGCAGGCACCCGAGCUCUUCAAGCUGCAGUCCAUGGUAGACCUGCUGGAGGGAACACUCUACAGCAUGGACCUGAUGAAAGUGCACUCCUAUAUCAGCAAAGUGGUGGCUCAGAUGAACACACUGGAGGAGACCAUCAAGACCAAUCUGAGCAGGGAGAAUGACUUCAUGAAGGAAAGUGUUCUGCACCUCACCAACCAGAUGAAACGUUAUGAAAACUACUCUGACAUCAUGAUCAGCAUCAAGAAGGAGAUAUCCAACCUGGGCUACCAGCUGCUGCAGAAGGAUGCUGCUGCUGUCCCUGAGAGCAAGGCACAGGACACAGUGGGUGGCCGAGAGAAGGAAGCAGGACGGUACCCCAGCACCCGCAAGACAUUCGGUGACAAGGCAGCCCCCCGAGCACCCAAGGAGAAGCAGAUGAAGCCUGAAAAGCCCAAAAGAGAUAACAUGAAGGUGAAGGGGGUGUCACAGCCUACGCCUAAGCCCAAGCCAUCAGCACACCAGCAAACAGUGGUCAGGGGCAUCACUUACUACAAGGCUGGGCAGGUGGGAGCAAUGGAAGGGCCAGCCAGCAGCCGUGAGAGCUCCAUGAAGGUGGUAGCUACGCCAGAGCGGCAGGAGGAGAGGGGCCUCCCACCUGCCCCAGUUGAGGGCACCCCAGCCCAAGCCAUUGCACGGGUAGAGACCACUGUGCCCAGCACCACAUCUGAGCCCAGCACUGCCCUGGUGCCCCACACUACCAUCCACGGCCCUUCUGCCACCAUCCUCAGGCAAGAGGCUGACAGCACCAGAAGCCCUGAAACACCAAACAGAGUGAAGGAGAUGGAAUGUGAAGGCACCAUCGAGUCAGUUGAGUCCCCUGUGGAACACCACAGCUAUGGGCGCAAUGAGGGGGCCUGGAUGAAGGACCCAGCAGCCAAGGAUGAUCGCAUCUAUGUCACCAACUACUACUAUGGCAACAACCUGGUGGAGUUCAGGAGCCUUGACAACUUCAAGCAGGGCCGCUGGAGCAACCUCUACAAGCUGCCCUACAACUGGAUUGGCACUGGGCAUGUGGUGUACCGAGGGGCCUUUUACUACAACCGUGCCUUCACCAAGAACAUCAUCAAGUAUGACCUGAAGGAGCGGUACGUGGCAGGCUGGGCACUGCUCCAUGAUGUGGUGUAUGAGGACACAACACCCUGGAAGUGGAGGGGGCACUCAGACAUCGACUUUGCUGUGGAUGAGAGUGGACUGUGGGUCAUCUACCCCUCUGUGGACUAUGACUACUCACAGCAGGAGGUGAUUGUCCUGAGCCGCCUUGACCCUGGGGACCUCUCAGUGCGCAAGGAGACCACCUGGAAGACAGGGCUGAAACGCAACACCUAUGGGAACUGCUUUAUCAUCUGUGGAAUCCUUUAUGCUGUGGAUACCUACAACCAGAAGGAAGGGCAGAUCUCCUACGCCUUUGACACGCACACAGACACAGAGGCAGAGCUCCGGCUGCCCUUCCUCAAUCAGUAUGCCUUCACCACACAGGUUGAUUACAACCCCAAGGAGAAAGUGCUCUAUGCCUGGGACAAUGGCCAUCAGAUGACGUAUGGGCUCCACUUCGUGGUCUGAGUGCCCAGCCAUGUGCCAGGGCAACCCUGUGCCUACCCACUGAUGUGCCCAGCUGGAGUGCCCCAACACAACCACAGCCAGAGCUGUCACAAGAGCUAACUUCCCACCCCAAAACCCUCCCCAUCCACUGUGCCUCAGUCACCUGCACUGUGCCUCCCACAUGGCAGGGCAGAGUGCAGGUAAGCACAGUUCCUAGCAGACAUCCCCAUGACAACGUGGCCUCUGAGGCUGUGGGGCUGCUCUACAGUUGGCAGCUUGGCUGGUGUUGGCUUCCUCAAGAUGCAGGAGAGGACCCCAGCCCUGUAUCCCUGCAACACUGGGAGGGAGGCAGCCAGGUCUGUGCCACUGGCAACAUGGCAGCACCUGCCCCACACCACUGCACUGAGCACCCAUCCAUGCCGUACCCAACCUGAGCACUGCUCCCUGCACCCCCUGUGUGACCACAUGCUUACCAUAACCACCAGCUGCCAGUGGUGCAAAUGCCUUAACUGUGGUACCAACUGCCUGGGCACCAUGCCCUCACUGCCUUGAGCUGCCAUGGGACAGGCAGGGCCCCCUUGCUGCUGGGGCAGGAAGAGCAGCUGCCAGUUGCUAUUUUAGGAGACAUGAUUAAGAUGCCUUUGCUUUUGCUGCUCAUUAGCUUAUUAUUUAAUGCAUUCACCAGAGCCACGCGGAGUCCCCUCUCCUAGCAGUGGGUGCUGAGCAGCCCACCCACAGUGCCAUAGUGGCCUGUUUGCACCCCUGCCUGCACCUGGCACCAGACAGGGAAGAGGCAGGGCAGCUGUCCUGGUCUCUGCCAAAGGCAGGGCAAGGGUCCAGAAGCGCUUGGCUUGGUUUUGGUCAUUUUAGACAUGAACAGUAUUAAAAAAGUAACAUUGUGAAA